CACGCUAACCUUCAUUACGUGUAGUUAGUGCUUGUUCCGCCAGCGAUUGCAUGCAAUUUUCUUGGCGAUCGGAGUUUCACGACUGGUUGAAUAUCUCAUAGAGAAGCCCUGGGUCCCUGGCCCCCUGUUCACGCCCCCUGCGCCGCCAUGACCAUUGACCUGCUGACCAACCCAGGGGCAGUGGUGACGCCCCUGAAGCCCAUUUGGUACGUCACCGCCCAGCUGUCCCUUCCCCUGGGGGAUCAGGAGAUAGACGCCGUGGAGUUCGCGAUGGCCAUGGCCCUCGUGCUGAGGAUGCAGGUCAACCUUUACGAUGUGUUCAGUCGGUCGUCGCGGCGGGGCAGGAGCAUUCAAGAAGACCAGAUGGAACUCUUUCAUCAGAUCGAGGACAACAUCAGCGCCAUGGGAGUGGACGGCCACGCCUGCAUCUUGAGGUUCAUUUGUGAAAUGCAGACCAACAGGUUCUCCGCGUCUUCCAUCUUCGGAGAAAUCUUCACUCUAAUGUUUACGCCCAAGCAAGGCGACGACUACACCUUACUAAAGGAAUACAUUGAGGCGGAGAUGGCGGGGGCAGAGGGCUCCCAGCGGUGUUCCGAAAGGUACCUCACUUGCCCCGUCUCCGUUUUCUCAGCGCUCAGAAGCCUCUCGGGCGAUUUGAUUGGGGGCUUCUCGACGCCGCAGGACAAGCCGUUGAAUUCGACCAGCCUUUCGAGCGGCGUGUCCUACCUGCAGGAUAGCUUGCCUUGGAUGGAGAAUCAUCUCUGAAGGACGUUGAUUUCGCGGUGAACUGAGUUUAAAUAAGGGAGGAGAUGCGAGAGGGGAGAUGAGGACACAGUUUUAAGGAUGCUGAUGUUCUGGAAGAUAAUGAAGUUGGAAGAAAAUUUACAGGGUUUACUUUGUUAUUUAUUAGAAAUGAUGUUUAUUUAUUCCAAUAUUUAUCACCUGUUUUAUAUUGUUACACUUUUGUGCAUUUGUUAAUGAUACAUAAAAAAUAUAAAACUUAAG